GCCUCCUGGCCAGCGACUUGCGCUUCGACCGAUCGCUUUCGGCAUCGCUUUCGGCAUCGCUUUCGGCAUCGCUUUCGGCAUCGCUUCUGCCUCCCAUGCUGCUCUCCCGCUCCCCGGUCGCAUCGAUAGCGCUGCUGUCUGCCCUCGCACAUGUGCUCUUUAUUGCCUAUGGCCUCUACCAGGACAAGCACGCCUCGCUUCCCUUCACCGACAUCGACUAUGCCGUCUUUAGCGACGCCGCCGCUCUCGUGCAUGGCGGACGAUCGCCCUACGAACGCCAGACCUAUCGAUACUCCCCCCUGUUGGCGCAAAUCCUGACCCCGAUCGUCUACUUUCCGUCCUUUGGCAAGGUCCUGUUUUCGGCGGCCUCCGUCCUGGUCGCGGCGCUGCUCGUUGCCCUCCAUACCGCCGACCCAUCUGCCGAACCAUCUGUCGAACCGUCUGCCGAGCAGGCCAAGUCGCCCGCUCCCCGCAAGCCGGCCUCCUCAGCCAUCACAACGCUCGUCUGCGUCGCAUGGGCACUCAACCCCGUCGUCCUCGUCAUUUCGGCCCGCGGCUCGUGUGAGGCCAUCAUGGCCGCACUGGUCCUUGCCACUCUCUAUGCCUUCCAGACCCGCCGCCGGAUCCUCUCGGCGGUGCUUCUCGGCCUGGCCGUCCACUUCAAGAUCUACCCGUUCAUCUACGGCUCGGCUUUCCUUAGCGCCAUGGCGACCCCCUCAGCCCAAGUCGACACGGCUCCCAUCUUCAGCGUCGCUGGCAUCCGGCGCCGGAUCCAGCCCUUUCUCUCGUGGCAGCAUAUCCAGUUCACCCUCGUCUCGAUCCUGUCUUUCAUGGUCCUCAACGUCGCUGCAUAUCUGCAGUACGGCCACAGCUUCUUGGCCGAGGCAUUCACCUACCACUUCACCCGCACCGACCACCGGCACAACUUUUCCAUCUACUUUUAUCCGCUCUAUCUCGCGAGCGCGCAGGCGUCGAAACAAGUCGUGCCUGAAUCGGGGUUCGAGCGGCUGAUGGAGCUUCUCUCCCUCUUUGCGUUUGUGCCGCAACUCGCCCUUGCCAUCUGGAUCGGAUUUCGCCUGGGGCGCAGAAAUCUGGUGCUGGCUUGCUGGGCGCAGACAUUUGUGUUUGUCGCCUGGAACAAGGUCUGCACCUCGCAGUACUUUGUGUGGUAUCUGUGCUUCUUGCCUGUGUUGCUCGCCCGCAACCGACUCAUCCGCGACCAGUGGAAGCUGGGUUUGGGGCUCCUUGUGAUGUGGGUUCUUGGCCAGGCUGCGUGGCUGCUGUUUGCCUUUCAGCUCGAGCACCUGGGAAUCGAAACCUAUCGGCAGCUCUGGGCGGCAAGUCUUGCAUUUUUCCUCAUCAACAUCGCCAUCACGGUCAGCGUUGUGUACUUUCACGACAAUGUCAGGGCUUUUGCUGCUCCAGUGCCAUCGGAUUCGAAGCAAAAGCGUCUCUAGGCGGACGUGCUCUUGAUCGUCGC